AUGAGCUCCCCCUCCCAUACCCCCAAUCCAUCCCCUACCCAGUCCCCCUCCCAGUCCCGGUCCAACCAUAUCGCCUCUUCCAACCAGCAGGCCUAUUCCAGCUCUGGUGGCUCAGCCCCUUCUCCAUCCCCCACCCGGGGGUCUUCCUCCCGGCCCCCCUCUCACCCUGCCACCCCAUCUGCCUCACAGCCCUCUUCCCGGGCUUCGUCCCUGACCCCCAGCCCUCAUAUCCAACAUGUGCCCCGAGGGUCUUCCCAAAACCCCACUCCACCCACCUCCAAAUCUCCUUCCCAAUCUGGCUUGAAAUCCCUCUCUCGAAACUCUUCCCAAACGCCUCCCGUGCCUAUCCCCCGGUCCCCUUCCCACAGCCCCGCCACCUCAGCCUCCUACAUCGGACCCAUUCGGGGCAUCCCCUCCCACAUCGCCCCCUACGUGCCCCGCUUCCUGAAGGAACCCCCCUUCUUCCAGCCGCCCACCAUACCCCUGCCCCAGAACCAGUGCUUCCCCUGCUCCUUCCCCUGCCCGGCCCGGGAGCCCCCUCCUAUCCCGGACUCUCUCUACUUCCCCCUGCUCCCACCUCCUCCCCACCACCCCCGGGUCAACUGCUCCUUCCGGACCCCUCCCGCCCUGUUCACGCCCCCCUCCUCUCUCACCUACACCCUGCCCACUGAGGUCCUGGUGAGCGGAAAGCCACACGUGGUGCCCACGGUGUUGCCGGCCACCUUCUACACGCCCUUCUCCCGUUACUACCCCCAGCCCCGCCCGCACCGCGCGCACCGCCGCAGGCCCAGUGCCUUUCCCCUCACCUCACUCUCCAACUUGCCCUACGACGGCCCGGGCCGCUCUGUCCACUUCUUCCAUGGGUCCUAG